AUGUCCUCUUCGUCUCCAUCUGCUCCUUCUUCGCCGGAAGGAUUUGGCGGUGGAGACGGAAGCGGCGGAGAGGAGGAGGAGGAGUUUGAACCCGGUCCAUCAUCGUCGUCGUCUCGAAGCCGCAUGAAGGCGGCCAACGGCGUCUGGCCGGAGCCUUUCGUCGAAGCCUUAGCUUUUCAAGUCGCCAUUGACGCUUCUCGUAACAUUGGCCGCCUCGCCGCCGGCGCAGCGUUGGCCAAUAUGUUUCAGGUUUGCUCAACAUGGCGAGCUGUGUCACGCUCCGAUCUCCUAUGGCAAAGCCUCACGGGGCGGGUAUGGAACCGGCGCCGCCGUGGCAUCCAACACAACACGUGGCGGGACGAAUACAUAUACUGGCAUCAAACGGCUAACAACUUCCGCAUGGGAAGGUACAUCUACACCAACCUCCGUUUCGAUCCGCCACCGACCGACAACGUCAACGGCCUCCGCUGCUGCCGUGUGGUGCUCUCCGACCACCACCUGGCCGCGGGAUUCUCCGAUGGAUCUGUUCGCUUGUUCCAUAUUCCCAGUAGGUUUCACCUGUCCACGUUCCGGCCUCACUACCGAGAUCGCCUGGGCCGGUUUUCCAGCGCCGUGUCCGGGAUCAUUUUGUCCGAUACGCGCCUUGUGUUUGCCUCCCAGGAUGGUGAUAUUCACGUCGUUGUUAUCGGAAACCCCGGCCUCCCUCGCCGAGCCCAUUUAGGCCACGUCGUCAAUGACGGGGCUUUAGUUGACUUCACCGGCUGUGAUCUGUGGUGGGUUGGCCUUUAUGCAGGGGUUCCGGGACGUGCAUUUCACGUAUGGGACGGUGAGUCGGAGGAGUUAGUCUUCGUCGGCGGCACACUGACCGAUCCAGAGGCGGUAAUGGGAUGGCACCUCCUAACGGAGUUGACGGCGCCGGUGGGCAGAGUCCGGGUAACUAGCCAAGAAACGGUGGUGGCGUGCACCAGCCUCCGCCUCAUCGUCUUCGACCUAAGAAACCAAGGCUUCAUCAUAGGGGAAGAAGAGUUUCCCGGAGGACUCAUGGUGGGCUCGUUCGACGCCGAUAACGAAUCGUUCAUGGUCGCCGACGACCGUGGCGUGGCCAGCAUUCGCCGGGCGGAGGAUUUGGGAGAAACGUGCAGGUUAAACGUUAGGAGUAGCGGUGGCUUUGAAGGGGUGGUUCUUGCAUGCAUGAAUGGGGGGUACGCGCUAAUGUGCGCGGGGGGUGUGAUUAGGGUUUUUGAGACGGAGGGUGGAAGAUAUGUUUAUAGUUUUAGGGAAAGAUUAGGGGAUGUGCAUGUGAUAGUAGGGGAUGAUAGGCAUGUAGCGGCUUGUACCAAUGAUGCCAUUAUUCAUUUAUGGGACUUUGGUGCUCAAUAGCAUUAAGAGCCACCACCGGUAGGGUACGGUGGAAUUAUUAGCAUUUGAAGAUAGAUCAGAGGAUGGACAAAGUUGGACAUGAAUAUUGGUGGAGUUUAAUUUCUCGGCUCCAAAGUGAACCAAUUGAGGGAUGGGAUAAACCCGAGUAAAAGGACAAAAUGCAAUAAUAGUUUUUUUUUUGGUGAUGAA